GCGAGCGGACAGCGGCUGCAGCCCCGGCCCGGGCUCCGGGAGAAGCGGGGAGCGAGAUGUCUGCAGGGGUCGCCGCUGCCCAGGUGCCAGUGACAUUUGAAGAUGUUGCUGUCAGGUUCUCCGCAGAGGAGUGGCAGAUCUUGGAGGAAUGGCAGAAGGAGCUUCAUAAGGAAGUGAUGGAGGAGAAUUACCAGUUGCUGAUCUCGCUAGGUCAGCCAGUUCCCACGCUGGCUCUUCUGGCCCUGGCUGCGGAGAGGGAGGCUGCUGGCAGCCAGAUCCACGGCGUCUCCGGAGAGCCAGAGCUCGCCAGCGGCAGCUCGGAGGGUGAAGAACUGGCCUUUCCAGAGGAUGACCCAGAUGUGGGCGGAUUCUGGGACUCAGGGCAAACAGAAGAGGACGGGUGCCCCACAGGGGAUGAGGAAGGAGCGCAUCAGGGCAGCCUGCACCUUAGCGCACUGAUGAAGCUGGUGAAGGAAAUCCCGGAAUUUCUCUUGGGGAAUUUAAAGGCCCCUGUGGAGCCAGCUGAGGCUGCCGAUAGUGAAGCUGAGAUGGGCUCUGAGAGGGCGUAUGCUGAUGUUAAACCAGAAGUAACUCCAGAGACUCCACCUCUCCUUGGCCUGGAGAACUGUUUAGUGGAAGUAUCUGUCAAUAGACCCAGUCAUCCCGACACACCGAGCAGCUGCGUGUCCACCAGCAGCACAGAAGGGGCUCCGCUUAGGAGACUGUACGCAGAAGUGGCUCCAGAGAACAGCCCCCUCCAAGGUCUGCUGAACUGCCUGAAGGAAAUUCCCGUCCACAGACCCCGUCACCCCAACAUGCAGAGCCCCGGCGCACAAGGAGACGUGGAACACAAGGGAGUUGUGGGGGAGGUGAAGAGCUUAUGUGCUGCAGCGGGGACGGCAGAGAAUAGCCCCCUCCAAGGCCUGCUAAACUGUCUGAAGGAAAUAAUUGUUCAUAACCCCCAUCAUCCCCACCCAUCGCCCUGCAAGUCGGCCAAGGGCAGCACGCGAGGAGACUCAGGAAAGAGGAGGCUGGAGAGCGAGGAUGGGAGCUCGUCUGUAGAAGUGAAAACAGAAGUAACCGCAGGGGAUCCACAGGACCCCGGCUUGGAGAGCUGCCCUUCAGCCAGGCCUGUGAGCAAAGCCAGCCCUCCUGCCACGCCGUCCAGCCGCUCCCCCCGUAACAGGGCGGAAGGAGAGGCCGGGGGUAGGAGCCUAUUUGGUGAAGGAGCUGUUAAAAGGGAAGGAGCUGCGGAGAGCUCCUCCGCCCAGGGCCUGCUGAGCUGCUGGAGAGACGUGAUCAGCCCCUGUCAUCCCGCCCGGCCAGCCUGCAGCUCUCCCACCAGCAGUGCCCACCGGAGAGUGGAGCAGAGGGGGCUGGAGCCAGGGCCCUGGUGCAGUCCUGGAGAAGCAGAGGCAGCACCUGAGGACUCCCCGCUGCGCGGCCUGGAGAACUGCCUGAAGGACAUCACUGUGACCAGCCCCCGUUGCUCCCACCCGCCCGCCAGCCACAGCGCGCAGAGAGCCCUGGGGGAGAGGCCAGAGCGAGGAGCUGGGAGCCUGUCCGCCGAAGAAGCAGCGACAGAGGAUUCCCCCCUGCGUGGCCUGCUGAGCUGUGUGACCAACACGGCUGUACCCUACCCCCAGCAUCCCAGCCUGCCAACCUGCAGUGCCUUGGCCAGCGGCGCCGAGCGGGAGAUGGAAAUAGGGGGAGUGGAGGCCAGGCUCUGGAACUCGUCCCCUGAAGCAGAGAUGACGCCAAGGACCAGCCCCCUCCACGACCUGGCGAACUGCCUGCAGGAAACACCAGUCAGUACAUCCUGGGCUUCCCGAGUGCUGGCCCGCAACGCAGGAGCAGAUGUGUCAUCGAGGAGACCUGCAACGGUCAUGGUGCGGAGCUGGUGUGGAGAGGACAUCAGAACGGAGACCUCACCCCUCCGAGGUCUGGAGAACUGCCUGAGGGACAUCCCAGUAAAUAGCCCCCACAUGCCAGCCAGCAUCUCCUUGACCAGCGCCACGCAGAGAGACAUGGGACAGAGGAGGCCAGGGGCCGGGACAAGGAGAUCACUUAGAGAAGACAUCAAUGCAGAGAAUUCACCGCUGCGAGGCCUGGAGAACUGCCUGAGGGACAUUCCUGUACCGUGCCAUAAUCAGUCCAAUACCCCCAGCAGCCGCUCCUCUCUGAACAGCUCUCCGGCUCCGCAGGGCAGACUGGAGACAGCGGGGUGGCCAGUGAAAACAGAAGCAGGGUCUGUCUCAGAGGUCACGCCACCCCUCCAAGGCCUGGAGAACUGUCUGAAGGACAUACCCGUGGCCAGGCCCAGAGGCUCCAGUGCAACACCUAGUUCCUUCUGCACCAGCAAAGCCCCAGGAGAGGUGGAGCAGAGGAGACCGGUGCCGAGGCCCUGGAGAGCAUGUGCGGCAGAACUGAGCCCCGAGAACUCCCCUCUCCGAGGCCUGGAGAAGUGCCUCCAGGAGAUCUCGGUGCCCAGGCCCCGGGCCCCCAGCGCCCCAGCCACAGCCGGUGUGGUGGGCAGCCGGCAAGGAGACACAGCGCGGAGGAGGCCAGAGACAGGGCACUGGGACUGGCACGGUUCAGCUACAGUCAGCGCCCGUGUCCUCAGCCCAGAGAGCUGUCUGAAGGCUCUGUCUGGAACCAGACCCAGGCAUGCCAGCCGCUCAUCUCCCCACAGCACAGAGGGAUGCAGCAGCCCAGAGACUGGGAUUUCGAGAUUUCGGGCUGAAGAUAAAAGGCAAGCGGAAAACCUCCCGGGCCUGGAGGAAGUAGCUGCGCCCAGCUCCUGUCCUGCCCAGACCCCUCCCAGCAGCGCUCGAGGAGAUGCAGAGCAGCAGGAACAGGACGUACACGCGAGGAGCUCUGGUAGCAAAGAAGUGACGGCGAGGAGCUCGCCCCUGCCCAGGCUGAACUGUGUGAAAGAGCUCACUGCCGACAGAGUAACGCCUUCCUCGCCGCCUGCCUGCGCUGCGCAGGGGGACGUGACGCUGCAGGGAGCAGAGAGCAGGGGGAGGACGCUGUCCGAGGAAGAAGUGAUGCCAGCUGACGCCCCUCGCUAUGGCCCUGCAACCUGCCCACAGGGAACCCAUGGAACUGGGCCCAGUCGUUCCAGGACGCCGAGUGAUACCUUGCCUGCCCGCGAUGCCCCGGGCCACAGGUGUCCAAAGAGACCAGGGACAGGGGUUAAGAGACCACACACUGAAGCCAGGACAGAUGCUGCCCGACCUCCGAGCACCGGCUCCUGCACUUCUAGUGAAGAUGGUGGACAAAAGGCAGAUGCCGAGUGGGAGGAAUUUCCCAAGAGACAUUGCUCCAGUGCAGCGCCAUCUCCCUGGGAGUGCUGCGGCUGGGAGAACGGGACGCCCCUGGACCUCAGGGUGGAGAGGAGCGCGCUCGAGGCCGUCCUCUCGGAGAGAAUGGACCGGGUCUCCCAGGAUUUCAUGGCCAUGUGCAGGGAUGUGUCAAGCAUGCAGAGCCGUGUGGCUCAGCUGGAGCGGGACUCGAGGGGCUGGGCUCUCGAGCUGGCUGCCCUCCAGAAAGGCAACAAGCGCCUGAGUGAGACCGUCCGGCGGCUGGAGAGCCGCUGCCAUAUGCUGGAGAACCGUGCCCACCGCAACAGCCUGCGGCUGGCGGGCCUGCCGGAGGGGGCGGAAGGGGGAGACCCUGUCGCCUUCCUGCAGAGGACCCUGCCCACGGUGCUCAACCUGCCGGCAGACUGGCCACCCCUGGAGAUCGAGAGCGUGCGCCGUGUGCACGGGGGGGCGCACUGGGACCCUGCCACCCGGCCCCGGGCGCUGCUCUUCCGCCUGCUGCGCUUCUCCGACAAGCUGGCCAUCAUGCGAGCGGUCAGGAAACGCACAGAGCCCCUGACCUGCGGUGGCGCCAGGGUCGCCCUUUUCCCGGACGUCUGCCCCAAGCUGUGCUGGAGGAGGCGGGUGCGGUACGCGGCCGUCAGGAGGCUGUGGCGGGCAGGGGAGCUCCGCUUGGGCACUCAGCCCUCCGGCUGCUGCCACAGCCGGGCACGAGGACACUGGGAGCCGCUGCCCAGCCCCCCGGGGCGUGCGCCCGCUGCAGACGAACAGGGGAGCAGAGUCACCAAAGGGCAGUGACAGAGAGCGGGGGACUUGGAGCUGCUGGCUCCGCUCACCCCCCUUUGAGUCACAGGUCCGUCUCCAUUCUGCCCUUGAGAUCACAGCACCCCCUGGGUCCGGCCUGGAGCUCUCCGGGUUCCCUGACUGCAGCUAAGUGGCAGCACUCGGCUGUGUGAUUCCAGCGUGUCCGUGUUUUCCCCUCCGCGGUGUGCACCUGCUCUGCUCAGCUCACAGGCUGGGGGGCUCCGGGAACUGCAGAGCAAUAGAGACUCGGCCAUUAUCAGGGCCAGCACUGCAGGGAGCCCUUGUAUUGUAACAGGUGGGAUAGCAUCAGAGCCGUGUGUUAGCGAGUGCUCAGGGAGCCGACCGGGUGCUAGGCAGUCUGCGGUGAGGGGCUGGGCUAGGGUCAGGCACUCGGAUUUGCUUUGCUCCCCCUGACAAUUGCUCCUGGCCAGCAGGGGAGAAAUUUGACAUGUCCCUUUUUUCCCCUGUCCAUCGCCACUGCUCAAGCCAGCGUCUUUUCUGUCCAGCUUCUAACUAGCCCCCGACUCUGGGUGAGUCGCACACGCUGCUACAUCUCGGCAGCAGCUUCCCAGGGAAGAGCCUUCAGGUGCCCGGCCUGUGUGUGCAGGGGCAGAAACCUUCCUGGUGCAUCUCACUCACAGGGCUGUUGUCAGAGUACAGGCUGCCCAGCUCCCUACUCUCCUCUCCAACUCCCCAGGCAUCCCCUGGCACUCCGGAGAGUUCCUGGUUUUUCGGCACAGGGAGAAGCUGCCAGAUUUGGAGCCCUCUGCACCCAAACAGGUCCCACCCCCCACAUGCAUGAGCCCUGCCUUGGAGGGACCAUCUCUGAGCCAGAGGGAAGUUCAUUCUCAGUGGCCUCCUUCCUCCCCGCUCUGGCCGAGACUACAAACAAAGGGACCGAAGGCUCGAUCCUGCCAGGUGCUGAGCACUCCGGCCCUGCUGCAGCUAGGUAUGUUAGCUUGUGCUUAGCUUUAAGCACCUGAGUAACCCCUCUGAAGUCAGUGCUUUCCUGGAUCGAGGUCUGAGUGCUCAGUGCUGCAGGAUUGAGCCCACUCACUCCAAACCCAGCUGCACCUGCCAACUCUCCCAGCAGCCAUCUGUAUGCAAUCGGAGCUGGAUUUGAAGUGGAGACCUGCAGUGAAAGGCUCCUGCACGCAUAACUAGGUCUCCUGUGCCCUAAUCUCACACUGAUCUCAUCUCAAUAGGCCCUGAUCACUUCAGUGUCCAAGUGCCGCUCUCCCAACAGAGUUUCUUUAUCAAAUGUAUUUCCAAGCUGUCCUGUCUGUGCAGCCCCGUCCUGCGUGUAAAGCACAGAGCUGAGCAGCGAGGCUGAAUGCAGACUAGGGCUAGGCAGGACUACGGUAGAGGAUGUGCCGUGUAUUGGGCCAGGCGGCCCUGUGAGUGGUUGCCUGGACGAUCCCAGCAUUUUAAGAGUUAAUCGAUCCAACGAAUCAUCCUGUUUGCUGAACAGAAGUGACAGGUGCCUCCCUGGAGCCGUAUUUAUUAAGUUCCCUAAGCUGGCCCCAUGUCUCAGCCAAAAUUUACUGGAGCUGGAAUUUCUUUGUCUUCAAGACACCCUCUGCCUAUUCCUACUGGGCAGCUCAAAGACGUCUGGUUACAGGUGAGUCACCUUCUGGUACCCACACCUGCCGCUUGAGUUCGCCCCCACCCUUAGCUCUGCUGUGUAUUGCACCAGGGCCUGCUUUUCCGUGCUGGGCGGUGGCUGCUCUGCAGAGCAGGAGAGCUCUAACCCUGCUGGCUGUCCCAUCGCGCUCAGCUUUCCUCUACCUUGAUGGCCCUAUUCAGUAGCCUCGAGGCACUGUGGGCCUGAUUCUGAGCUCUUAGUGAAAGCGGGAGUGACUCCGCCAUCAGGAGCAGAGCCCUGCUGGAAGCAGGAGUGACAGUGCCGGCGCUCCGGGCUGGAAUCAGGAGUGACGCCGUCGGGAGCAGAGCUGGGCUGGAAGCAGGAGUUGCGUUGCUGUUGGGAAUGGAGCUGGGCUGGAAUUGGGCACUUCAUGGCCUGGGCUCCCUUCUGUUACCAGCGCGGUGUUUGUGAGAUCCUUUCCUGCUGCCGGGGUGGGCGACACGUGGCUGUGGUGAUUGCCCUGUGUUCUGUGCUCACGGCACAGCUGAAUUGCAUUAAAACACUGAUUUGUAAAGCU